AUGUACCUCAGUAAGGCGGAGCGUUUAAAUGUGGUUGGACCAGGAGCUUAUUUUGUUGCUGGUGGUGAUCUGAUUCUGCCAUGUUUUCUGAAACCCAACACCAACGCUGUGGACAUGACAGUGGAGUGGUUUAAACUACAUGCAAAGGAUUCAUUAGUGCAUCUCUAUAGGAAUCAUGAAGACAGAAAUGAAAAGCAGGCUCAGUCCUACAGAGAAAGAACAUCACUGUUUAAAGAGGAGCUACAUAAAGGCAAUGCAUCGCUCAGACUCUCUGUUCUCAGAAUCUCUGAUGAAGGAGCUUACAAGUGUCUUAUUGAGGACAAGUCCUGGUCUGAUGACAUUGUUGUGAAUGUUUCUGUCGAAGCUCAGGGAAGCCACCCAGUGAUCACGAUGGAGAGUUAUGAUAACUCAGGAGGGAUUAAUCUAGUGUGUGAGUCCAGAGGCUGGAAACCUAAACCUGAGGUUCUGUGGCUGGAUAGAGAAGGAGCUCUUUUGCCUGCUGAAGAGACACAGAUACACAGAGGGACUGAGGGGUUCAGUCAUGGGGAGUACGGAGGAGGAGUGAGGUAA